AAGAUCAAGGUAUAUAAAUAUAAGGUGAGGCAUUCCUAGACUGCACAAGGGGACUAGGCAACUCUCGAGAGCGGGAAUGAGUCACCUGUGUGAAUGUUUCACCUCCUGGAAAUGGACCCUGGUAGAAGUGUGUCAUCCGGGGAGGGCAGGUCUGCGUGCGAGUGUGUGUAUGCAAAUGUGUGGUGUUGGGUGCAUGUUAUUCAUGCAUAUGCAUAUGUGUGUACAUAUGUUCGGGUGUUAGCUUCGUAAUCGAAUGACUCUUUGCAUUUCACUCACCAAAUAUCAAUACCUUCGUCUCUGUCCCUUUGCAGUUACCGUGAAUCCACCACCCCAGAGGCCGUGGCUGCCCCUGGCCAAGCCGAACAAAUCGCGUCCAGCCUGCAUUUUACCGGUUAUGUGCUACAAUGUGCUCUGCGAUAAAUAUGCGACACGGCAAAUGUACGGCUACUGUCCAUCGUGGGCCCUGUGCUGGGAUUAUCGAAAAAAGUCAAUCAUCGACGAGAUCCGUCACUAUUCGGCGGAUAUUAUAAGCCUGCAGGAGAUAGAGACGGAGCAGUUCUAUCACUUCUUUUUGCCAGAGCUCAAGAACGAUGGCUACGAGGGCAUAUUCUCGCCCAAGUCGCGUGCCAAGACAAUGUCCGAGGUAGAGCGGAAGUAUGUCGAUGGGUGUGCAAUAUUCUUCAGGGCCUCAAAAUUCACCUUGAUCAAGGAGCACUUGAUCGAAUUUAACCAGCUGGCGAUGGCCAAUGCAGAGGGAUCGGAUAACAUGCUGAACCGUGUGAUGCCCAAGGACAACAUUGGUCUGGCCGCUCUGCUCAAGGUGAAGGAGAAUGCUUGGGAGCCGAUGUCCGAGGUGACACAGAUCUCACAGCCGCUGCUCGUCUGCACGGCGCACAUCCACUGGGAUCCGGAAUUUUGUGAUGUCAAGCUCAUCCAGACGAUGAUGCUCAGCAAUGAGCUCAAGACGAUAAUUGACGAGGCCUCGCACAGCUUCAGACCGGGACACAAGAACGACUCGAACAGUGUUCAGCUACUGCUCUGCGGCGACUUCAAUUCGCUACCCGACUCCGGGGUGGUUGAGUAUCUGGGCAAGGGACGGGUCUCCAUGGACCAUCUGGACUUUAAGGACAUGGGCUACAAGUCGUGCCUGCAGCGCCUGCUUUCGAACGACACCAACGAGUUCACGCAUUCCUUCAAACUGGCCUCCGCCUACAGCGAAGAUAUCAUGCCGCACACUAACUACACGUUCGAUUUCAAAGGCAUCAUCGACUACAUAUUCUAUACGAAGACGGGAAUGGUGCCUCUGGGUCUGCUUGGGCCCGUCUCAAAUGAUUGUCUGCGCGAGAACAAGGUGGUGGGAUGUCCCCAUCCGCACAUACCCUCCAAUCAUUUUCCGCUACUCGUUGAACUGGAGUUGAUGCACACGGCCAGCCAGGCGCCUCCCAACGGGUUGAUCAACAGACGGUAGCAAUAGAAUAGACGCGGCAGACCCACCAUGAUGACAACGACAACUACACGGACAGCAGCCACAGUCGGAGGAGGAGCAAGUGGGAGCAGUGGUAGUGGUGGUGGUGUCGCCGGCGUCGUCAACAGCAACAGUGCGGUAAAUAAUAUCCACGGCAGCAGUUACAGGGGACGCAGCAACAGUGGCAGUGGCAGCGGCAGCCACAGUCACAGCCACAGUCACAGCCAUCGCAUAGUGGCACAAAGAAAGGUACCUCCUGUAACAGCAGCCGCACCAACUGACAAGCAGCCACCACCGCCAUGAAGAGAGACAGCCAAUCCACGAUCACCUGCCGCACCCACAAUUGACGUGGCGCUCUGUCCGCAACAAGAUUCAGUUUUAGUUAUGUACGUUAAAAAGAUUAGAUAACCCCAUACCCAUCCAAGCCCCGAUCAUCCGAUCACAAAAACCCGAUAAGUUAUAAGUUGACGACGUUGUAGAGGCCUCGCUCCUUUGUGCGCUGGUUCGCAAAGCGCGUUACCAAUGUAAUCCAAAAAAAAAAAAAAAAAAAAAAAAAA